CUCUCCACUGACCAGUCUCAGCUUUCCACUACUUCAGUUCUCCCUGCUGCUCUCUCUCACAGUCUUGUUCGCCUCCACUCUUCUCCUGCUCCACCUCCUACAUUUAUCCCCACCGGAUCUCCACUAUCCCAGAUAUCUCCGGGCCAGGGCAAGAAUAACCGUGACAAUGCGGCUCCUCUUAUCCCUAGGCCUCCUCCUUCCCCUCCUCUUCCUCUCCGGCUCCGUUCAGGUUUCCGGCGGACACAACAUCACCGAGAUCCUCGCGGAGCACCCGGAGUUCUCGACCUUCAACCACUACCUCACUGCCACCCACCUCGCCGGCGAGAUCAACCGCCGGAAGACCAUCACCGUCCUCGCCGUCAGCAACGCCGGCAUGGCCCCCCUCCUCGCCAAGCACCUCAACGUCUACGCCCUCAAGAACGCCCUCUCCCUUCAUGUCCUCGUCGACUACUUCGGCGCCCAGAAGCUCCACCAGCUUAACGGCGGCACAGCCGCCUCCUCCUCCCUCUUCCAGGCCACCGGCGCCGCCCCCGGCACCACCGGCUUCGUCAACAUCACCAACCACCGUGCUGGCCGCGUCUCCUUCGCAGCCGACUCCGCGCCGGCGAACUUCGUCAAGUCCAUCAAAGAAAUCUCCUACGACCUCGCCAUCAUCCAGAUCAGCUCCGCCCUCUCCUCGCCGGAGGCGGAGGCCCCCACGCCGGCGCCUGCCCAGGUGAACCUCACCACCCUCAUGGCCAAAAAGGGCUGCAAGACCUUCGCCGAUCUACUCGUCGCCACGGGCGACGCCGAGAACACCUUCGAAAGCAACGUCGGCGGCGGAUUGACGGUAUUCUGCCCUAUCGACCAGACGAUGAAGGCCUUCAUGCCCAAGUUCAAGAACCUCACCGCCGACGGCAAGCUCUCGGUGCUCCUCUACCACGGGAUCCCGGUCUACAACUCGAUCCAGAUGCUCAAAUCCAGCAACGGAGUCGUCAAUACGCUGGCCACGGAUGGGACGGCGAAGAACUACAACUUUACGGUCCAGAACGAUGGCGAGGUGGUGACGCUGAAGACGCCGGUGAUGCUGGCGAAGAUCACGGGGACGCUGAUCGACGAGGACCCGCUGGCGGUCUACACGAUCGACGCGGUGCUGGAGCCGCGGGAGCUGUUCAAGCCGGAGAAGGCGAAAGUACCGGCGCCGGCGCCGGCACCGACGGCCAAGGCGGAGGCGCCUACCAAAUCAAGGAAGCGCCACCACGCUUCGCCGCCAGCGCCGACGGGGCCGGAGGAGGCGCCGGCGGAUAAUCAGAAGGCCGCGAAUGAUGAGAGCGCCGCCGGAGGGAGGGCUCGUGCCGGGCCAACACUGGUUAUUGUCAGAAAGUAG